UCUGGGAUUGAGGAGAUAGGAACGCUGCACUGGGAUCUGGUCCUCUGUCUGUUGCUGGCCUGGGUUCUCUGUUAUUUCUGCAUUUGGAAAGGCGUCAAAUCCACCGGCAAGGUGGUGUACUUCACUGCGACCUUCCCAUAUGUUAUGCUGCUGAUUUUACUGAUCCGAGGGGUAACCCUGCCAGGAGCAUCCCGUGGGAUCAAGUACUACCUUUAUCCCGACCUGGGGCGAUUAGCAGACCCGCAGGUGUGGAUGGACGCAGGCACGCAGAUCUUCUUCUCGUAUGCCAUCUGUUUAGGUUGCCUCACUGCACUCGGAAGCUACAAUAAAUACAACAACAACUGCUACAGGGAUUCUCUGGCCCUGUGUUUCUUAAACAGUGGAACCAGUUUUGUCGCAGGUUUUGCCAUCUUCUCGAUUCUCGGCUUCAUGUCUUACGAACAGAACGUCCCGAUCUCAGAAGUGGCCGAGUCUGGUCCUGGUUUGGCGUUCAUUGCGUAUCCGCGAGCAGUGUCCAUGAUGCCCGUCUCUCCGCUGUGGGCCUGUUUCUUCUUCAUCAUGAUUGUUCUGCUGGGCUUGGACAGUCAGUUCGUGUGUGUGGAGAGUCUGGUCACAGCUACGGUGGACAUGUACCCCACUUUCUUUCGUCGGAAGAACCGCAGAGAGCUGCUGAUCCUCGUCGUGGCCGUCGUGUCCUUCCUCGUGGGUCUCAUCAUGCUCACAGAGGGUGGAAUGUAUGUCUUCCAGCUGUUUGAUUACUACGCUGCCAGUGGGAUGUGUUUGCUGUUCGUUGCUAUUUUUGAGACGGUGUGCAUCGCUUGGAUAUACGGUGCUAAUCGGUUCUAUGACAAUAUCGAGGACAUGAUUGGUUACCGUCCCGGGCCGUAUAUUAAAUACUGCUGGCUCUUUUUCACCCCAGCCACGUGUUUUGGUACGUUUGCGUUCUCGCUGAUCAAGUACACUCCUCUGAAGUAUAAUAACGAGUAUGUGUACCCGUGGUGGGGGUACGCUCUGGGCUGGCUCCUGGCGCUCUCCUCCAUGCUCUGCAUCCCGCUCUGGGUCGUUUCUAAACUGAGCACAGCCAAAGGUUCACUGAGAGAGCGUUUCCAGAAGCUCAUCACUCCCUCGCAGGACCUGCCCAAAACCAGACGAGAGCAGGAGAAGCUUCAGGCCAUCUUCACAGCCGACGGGGACGCUCUGCGCUCCACCAAAGAUGGGUACAUCCCUGUCAGCGAGAAGGAGUCGCACUGUUAG